AGCUGACAUUCAAUGUACAUGGUACAAGUGCGAUCUGACCAAUUACUACUUCGCCCCAACUUCCCUAUCUCACAGCAGAAACAAUACAUCUAAAUACAUAUCCUAUUCGAUCCUACCCCAGCGAGCCCAGCGUCAAUCUGCCGCGUCACCUCCAUUUUCUUCUGUCACACUCUCUCCUUUCUUCUCUCAUUGGCUCCCCGCUCAAGAUUCUCGAACUUGUCUAACAACACGAUCCGAGAGAGAAAACGCUUAGGCAGAGUCGGCAAUCCCGUUCUCCUUCUCUCCUUUACCUUAACGAUAUGUUCGAAUUGAUCUAGCAAGGCAAUCUAGAUAUUCGUUAAGUCAUGGCAUGAUAUUUUCUUGGGGUAUCGUGAGGGUUUUGCUUUUACCCUGCUGAGUUUUGCGCCGUUGGCUUUCAUCGGACGUUACCAACCUGCCUAUCAUGUCCGAAGUUCAACAGUCCGAUAUGGACGAGAAGCCAGCUUCAUCCAGCGGCAAGCAGUCGCUUUCGGCUUUUGACAGGCUUCCUAACGAGAUUAUCGAACAAAUACUUCAAUUGACCGACCCCGAAUCGUUUGCGUCUCUCGUCCUACUGAAUUCGAAAUGGAGGCGUGUUUCGCAACACGCUCAUCUUUAUGCACUCCACCUCUCGCAAUGCGCCUCCUAUGCUUCUAGUCACAAUACCAUGCCAGUCGCAACUGUCGGUGACGAUGAGAACUUACCUAAGCUGCGUCGCUUAUUCGCCCGAGAGGUCAAGAGGAACCUGUUCGAAGCAUACCUGAGACCGAAGUCGACUACGAUAAAACUAAUUUCGAACUGUAUCGGUUCGUCCUCUGCGCCUGGCGGCGAGGGAAUGCAAUUUAGUCCAUCACCUAGGGGUCACCAUAUUCUUGCAUACAAUUCUUCUCGAAUAUUUGUUUUUGAUGUUAGGGAACCCGAGCUAUCUGUGAAGCGGGAGUUCAAGAUAUUGCGCCGGCCUGCGUCCGCGUGCAUAUUAGACGAUGGUAGCCUCCUUGCGGUUUUGUCCACUGAUAUGCAGGUUGACCUAUAUGAUCUGGGUAAAGUCCCACCUCGUCGGAUACAGUCGCUGAUCCUAGAUCAUGCUCCUCGCGCGAUCGCAUUAUCUCCGUGUGGGCGCGUUCUCGCGGCCGCAUACGAAGGUGGUAUCGAAGUAUCAUCUCUGAAUCCAGGGGCUUUACCGACAGACCGAAGAGCUGUUAAAUGCGAUGGUGUCGACUCCCUUGCCUUCUCUUUCGAUGGAACCCAGUUGUUGGGAACGACGACGACAUCCCACACACCGAAUACUGUUAUUCUAACAGCCCCGUAUUACGAUCCUGAAAACCAAAUGUGCGAAGAGAAUAAUAUCAGUGCGCUAUGGACUACUUCUAUACUCUUCCCGAAUACAAGCCGAGAUUGCAGUCAUGCUGUUUUACUGCAGGAAUCAAGUUCCAUGGAGGCGACUUGGACCUUUACCUACGAUCGAAGCUUCGAGACGUUCCGCGCUGUGAGGAUUGACGAUCUCCGUAAUGGAACGACUUAUUUCACAGGGCCGGUCCCUAGCAUGUCCUCUCCUGGACCUCUGCUACCGUGUACCUUACCGGCUGCUAAUUAUCAGGGCGAUCUUGUUUCGGCUGGAUUCGAAGGAAAAGAUGUGUGGCUAUACGGUAUUCCGGAGGAUCUAGAGGCUGUUCCCGAAGGUAAUCAUGCCUCAUCUGAUUUGAAUGGGCCACCUGGAUUGCAGCGUAUGAACAGCGGAGUUUCAGUCCGAUCGCCUUCUCGAGUACAGGACGCCAACGGUGGUCGUGUUCCCCAGUGGCAAAUACUUUGCGAUAAGUUCCGUAAUAAUUUCGUGAGCGGGCGCAAUAUUACGCAGUUGACUGGCGUGAGCACUGUGAAGUGGGUUUCUGGCUUCGGUAAUACGUCUUUGGAAGAACGUCUCGUUGUUGCUGCCCGAGGCGUUAUACCACCUAAACUCGUAACCGAGGAAGACGGUAUCGACUUUGUAGACGGAGGGAGGAUCACAAUUCUCGAUUUUGACUACGGACUGGUAGACGGCGAAGAAAAAGAGAUCACCAUUGAAGUUGGCACGAACGAGGCUGAAAUACUAGAAGAGGAAUACCGAGAUAUCGACACGGAAGUCGCUAUCGUUAGGCGAAGAACAGUAGCGCAGCGGAGGGGUAACCGGAAUAGUAUGAUGUCUGUAGCGACAACCUCAUCUCGCCAGGUUGAUGCUCUGCUUCGACCAUUAACCUCUUAUACCCUCAACGACGAUCUGGAGGAUCCGCUAGUACCCCGACCUAUGGCCACGGCACGUUCUAAUUCCUACGUAACUGCGCUUGAUGAGGUAGAAGACGUUUCUUUAGAGGAAGCUCAAGAAGCCCUCGAUGCCCCGUAUGCUCAUGCCAACCCACGAUCUGGACCGACGCUACGCCGCGCCGCAACAGCUGCUGCCGUUAACCGUCGACGGAAUCCACAACCGGCUGCGGCUGGUCGAGUCGAGUAUAGACGCGCCGACGGAAGGGCGGAGCAUCCUCACGAGAGUGAUGCUGAUAACUGGGUACCACCUCCACCCCCAUAUACUAAAGAUGAUCCCGGCGACCUGCCUGCAUUUCUACGCCAUUCUACUAUAUCUGGCAUCGGAUUAACGUCUAGUAAUGGAGAUUUCGUCCCGCCCGUACCUCCUCUCCCAUCGUCGGUUCCGCCGGUUCCACCUCUCCCAUCAUCUAUUCCGUAUUCCCAAGCGAAUUCUGGUCGUCCUGAGUUGCCGCGCCUCCAAACUACUCCCUUGCGAGAACAAGCAUCUCGCAUGUCAUGGAAUUAUCAAUUUCCACGCCAGGGAGGAAUGAAUGAUUCUGUAAAUGGUAGUAGGUCUGCUGUGCCGAUAGGUGGGCAAUCCCCCACCUUCUCUCGAGAAAACCAACCGUAUGUGGAUGAUGAAGACAUAUACAAUGUAUCUCCGGUCGGGACCCCUACCCGAGCCACAAGCUCCCACGUGUCUGAGGGUGUAGCUAUGGUUGAUGUAACCCCCGAACGACCUAGCCCACAUAAUACAGCGCCGUCAUGGCGCACGGAAUAUACACCAACCUCAUCGAGGUCGCACCCAUUCAUGGGAGGAUCCCGCCCGGGAUCGGCUAAUACAUAUCCUCACAACCCUACUACACCUUCGUCUACAGUGGGUAAUCAGAGGUGGGAUAAUCCGCAGACUGGUGUCUACCCGAUGGUUGGUAGACUACCCAAUGCUCAAACUUGGCCGAGGGCUCCCACUUCCUCAGAUAUGCCCUCUUUAGCUUCACUAAACGGAUUCCCCCGUUCGGCUCCUGCUACAAAUCAAUACAACGAGGAAAUUAUAGCAGCAGCUCUACCCCCAGCCCCCACCCCGGACCAAUUAGCACGUCUUCAUAGGAGACAGGACAGUACUGGCGCACCUCGACCCGCAUCCGGCAGCUUUCAAUUCCCACGCGUACCCGUGGGUAGUCGCAGCCAACGAGAUUCCCGACGGUACAGCGGAAUCCCCGAAAUACAACCUCCGCCCGCAGCUCCGGACCAACCACUUAUUAUCAGCACGCCAACGGGUGUUACUGGCGCGUUCGAUACCCCCGGUUACUUAGAUGGGGGCAGGCGACCAUCAGAACCGAUCUUGCAUGCUCCAGUCCCUCGUCAUCCUAGACCAAUAUCGGGAGCCCACCUACUUCGGCCUACCGUCGAGCGUCUUGAAACUAUUUCUAGUAUCAAUAAUGGGGAACAGCCUCCCCAACAGCUCAAUUCUACGCCACUCCGCCAUCACACAAGCUUGACACGCCGGCAGAGCCGCGCCCGAAGAGGGGCACUCAAGAAUAUAAAGGACGCUAAGCUUCGGGGAUGGACAGGCCGACGGAAGAAUAAGAAGGAUAACGAGUCCUGGACGGACGUGACUUGGGCGGCGGCAGCUCCCAGAGGUCUAUCUAAAGAGAAGAAGUGCGCUGUGAUGUAAAAAGGGGAGGACACGAUUUGUGUCAUAGUACGGAUAUGAUCUUGGAAUAUUUUGGAAUUUUUUAAUGAUAAAUACCCUUUUGCCUUUGGCGCAACUAAAAGAGAGAUUUACUUUGUCUAGGAAGGAUUCAGGCUAGGUAGAUAUUGGGUCCGCUCGCUCAAAUUUCGGUUAGGUUUGGGAAGGGAUAACAGGCGCAUAUGUACUACUGGAUGCCAUAGUCUGCCGCCUACUACUACAAAGGAGUUGAAAUAAGACACGGAGCUGCGUAUUGCGGUUUCCUAUUAGUCCGUAAUAUAAUUUAGUCGAACUCG